AUGACUUCAAUUCAGAAAGCAAUGGGUCUUGAAUUUUUGAAGUACAAGGUUAGUAACCUCGAAGGCAGCGUGGAGUACAAGCAGAGCGUCGUUGUCGAUGUUACAGCGCUGUUAUAUGGGAUAGAGGUGCUGAAGCGGUGGAUACAUGAUAAAACCCAUGUAAUUAUGAUACCACUGCACGCAAUAAACAGCCUGGAUGUGUUCAAGGGGAUGGGUGAUGACGAUAUCCAGUACAGAUCCCGCAAUGCAUCUGCGUUUAUCGAAAAGGAGUUGAAGAAGCAGACGAUAAAGCUGCAGGAGUCUAUCCCACUCACCAGCAACCACUACACAAACAUAAUAAAUUCACUUAAACUGACUUCAAACGCGUCCAAGCUGGUCGUCGUUGGUACUGGCGCGGACGUGGACAGACUCAAUACAGAUGAAAUCACACAGCACACGCAGCAAUCUGGCUACGACGUCGACUUGCUUUUGCCUGCAGAAAUUGAAGAUGCUGCACUGUGGUCAAAACAGAGGAAAUUGAAAUAUUUGAAUAAAAGUAAGAAGAAGUAA